AUGUCUGCAAAAUCAAACUUAUCUUUCGUUGUUAUUCUUGCCAACGUCAGCUGGUGCGACUUUGGAAAGGAUGUGAGAGUAUAUGAUGCAGCCGGGUGGGGAAACGUCAAUUACUAUGGUGACGUCAUACUCGUACAUGGGAUAACAGAGGACCGGGCAGUGGACGAGGCGAAGGUCAAGCUGACGUCACGUAGGUAUAGCAACACCGCAGAGGUACCCCAGGUAAGGACCACAAAGUAUGGCCUCAACUCUUUCCGUUCAAUAGCGCCCAAACUUUGGAAUUCACUCCGUCAGCACUUUCGUGACGAAACAAAUGAGUCAGUUUCUGAGAUUGGUCAACGCAUGGAACGGACAGAGUUCGUCUACAUCUCCUCCCCCUCUUCUCCCCCAUCCUGCGUCUUCAUCUCCUCCACCUCCUUCCCCACACUGCAUCUUCAUCUCUUCCCCCCACUGCGUCUUCAUCUCCUCUCCAUCUUCUCGCCCUCUCCCUGCGUCUUCAUCUUCCCCUCUCCUCCUCCACCCUGCGUCUUCAUCUCCUCCCCCUCUUCCCCCACACUGCGUCUUCAUCUCCUCCCCCCAACUGCGUCUUCAUCUCCUCCCCCCACCCUGGGUCUUCAUCCAUCCCCUUCUCCCCCACCCUGCGUGUCCAUCUCUUCCCCCUCUUCUCCCCCACCUGCGUCUUCAUCUCCUCCCCCCACUGCGUCUUUAUCUCCUCCCCCUCUUCUCCCGCUCACCCUGCGUCUUCAUCUUCCCCCCCCCCAACUGCGUCUACAACUUUUUCCCCUCUUCUCCCCCCACUGCAUCUUCAUCUCCUUCCCCUCUUCUCCCCCAACCUGCGUCUUCAUUUCCUCCCCCCCCCCCGUGAUUUCAUCUCCUCCCCCCCUUCUACUCCACCAACCUGCGUCUUCAUCUCUUCGCCCCCCCCCCCACAUACGUCUUCAUCUCCUCCCCGCACUGGGUGUUUAUCUCCUCCCCCUCUUCUUCCCCCACCCUGCGUCUUCAUCUCCUCCCCUCACUGCGUCUUCAUCUCCUCCCCCUCCCCACCCCUGUGUCUUCAUCUCCUCCCCCUUCUUCUCCCCCAACCUGUGUCUUCAUAUACCCACCCUCUUCUCCCCCCACCCUGCGUCUUCAUCUCCUUCCCCCUACCCUGCAGCAUCUUCAUCUCCUCCCCUCUUCCCCCCCCCCAACCUGCGUCUUCAUCUACUCCCCCUCUUCUCCCCCACCCUGCAUCUUCAUCUCCUCCCCCUCAUCUCCCCCCACCCUGCAUCUUCAUCUCCUCCCCUUCUUCUCCCACACCCUGCGUCUUCAUCUCCUCCCCUCACUGCGUCUUCAUCUCCUCCCCCUCUUCUUCCCCCACCCUGCAUCUUCAUCUCCUCCCCCUUCUUCUCCACCACCCUGCGUCUUCAUCUCCUCCCCCUCUUCCCCCACUGCGUCUUCAACUCCUCCCCUCCCCCUCGCCACCUGCGUCUUCAUCUACUCCCCCUCUUCUCCCCCACCCUGCAUCUUCAUCUCCUCCCGCUAAUAUAUAUUCUUCUCUUCCUUUUCUACUUCAUUUCUCUUCAUCCCCAACCCCAUCUUCUUUUUAUCCACUUCAUCUUUUUCUCUUCCUUCUUCUACUAA